AUGCCAUUCUUCCGUAACAUCGCCAGGCCGUGCCGGGCGACCAGGUCAUGCUGGUUUUCACGUCAGAAUCAGAGGUCCCAUUCAAGAGGGUUGAGUCGAACUGCUCCAGUGGGCGCCACUCCUACACCUGAGGAGGUGCAAGGAGCGCAUCGAUACUGUGUCUCACUGCUUUCCAAAUAUGACCGACCAUCUUACACUCUCAGCACCUUCAUUCCCCAGCAUGCCCGGUCGUUCUACAUCGCACUUCGUGCCUUGAACGUAUCUCUAUCCAUGAUCCCAGAGACCACAUCUUCACCGACGAUUGGCCUCAUGCGACUUCAGUUCUGGCGUGAUGCGGUCACCAAAACCCUUGCUGGCUCUCCCCCCAAGGAACCAGUGGCGAUCCUACUGGCCUCCGCCAUCUCCGAUCUUCACGAGCGCACCCAAGGCCGUGCGAAAAUCACCAGAGGCUGGCUGACUCGCCUGAUCAAUGCUCGUGAGCAAACGCUCACGAACGAUCCAUACCCCAACAUUGCGGCUCUGGAAUCUUAUGCCGAGAAUACCUAUUCUACCCUCAUGUACCUUACGUUGGGCGCACUGCCGAUGACAUCAGUGACCGCGGAUCAUGUCGCGUCGCACAUUGGCAAGGCUGUGGGCAUUGCCGCCGUGUUGCGAGGAUUGCCUCUAGUCGCUUUCCCGCCUCCGUCUCCCCAGUCCCCCAGUGGACCACCGGGAAUGAAUGGCGGUGUCAAGCAAGGCGCGGUCAUGCUUCCUUUGGACAUUAUGGCGCAGAACGGCGUUAAGGAAGAGGAGGUUCUCCGACGAGGCGCGGACGCAGAGGGUCUGCGUGAUGCAGUCUUCGCUGUGGCCACACGUGCAAGUGACCACUUGAUCACCGUGGACCAGAUGCUGAGCAAUCUCCGCGCUGGCAAAGACGUCGGACAUGACUUUGAGCAUGAAGGCGAGGAGGGCCAUGAGUAUCAAACUACUGCGAUGGGGGAGUCUCGAGGCAACGAGUCGCCCCUGGAUGAAGUGAAUCGGGCAUUUGGUGUGUUCAUGCCUGCGGUAGCUACUCGCCUAUGGCUGGAGCGGCUGCAGCAGUACGAUUUCGAUGUUUUCCGUCCAGAACUACUCAGUGGUGAUUGGAGGCUACCAUGGAAGGCUUAUAUGGCUUUCCGUCGAAAGAACAUUGGAUGA